UACAAAUCAGUAGACGUUUAGACGUGGUCGUGUUCAAAGGUAAAGCUAGCGGAACAGAUAACAAAGAAAACGGUUCGCCUUGAUACACACACUCUCUCAAAUUCCAUUGUCUGAUUUGGUGUUUUUGCACGGAAAAUCGUUUAACUUAAUUCCGAACAAAAUCCGGAUAAUAUAAAGCAUUGUUAUUGCUACUUGCUUGUGUGUUUGUGCAGUGCAGCAGUAAACAGAAUAUUUGGCCAUCAUUAUGAAGUGUUUAGUGCCGUUAAUGACCGUAAUUGGUCUGGUGUUAUUGAUGUCAUCGUCUAUGGCUCCGGGGGCAGAGGCUAAGAAACCAAAAAAGUAUAUUGGCGAAAAUGGUGGCGAUUUUGAAUUUAUUGAUGAGGUUAAUAAAAAUGCCCAAAUGACAUCAAAGAAUUCCGUAUCUGGCUCAGGCAUCGGCAUCAUCGGUUCAAGCAUGAAUGGUGAACGCAAACGAUGGAUACACGAUCCAACAAGCGAUCUUUGCCGCCCGUUGAGCUGCAAGAAACGUGAAAUAUGCCUGCUGGAAAAUGAAUAUAGUGCAGUUUGUGUGUCCAAAAAGGAAUUGCACAAAAAUCGUGAUGAAAUUAUCACGAAAUCAAAAUAUUUGGAAGAACAGGCGAAACGUAGAGCCGCAGCCAUAGCAGCGGCUAAUCACAAUGAUAAUGCCCGUAUCAAUGAUAACGGCAACAGCAACAACAAUCUUAUAAAUAACAAUAAUCACGAGACCGAUGAUGACGAUGACAACGAAGAUGAUGAAGACGAUAUGGACAUUAGCAAUGGUGACGAUAAUAACGUUGACAUCCUAUCAGGAAAUGAGGAAAAGAAUUACAACAGCCUCAAUUCCAAUCUCAAUCUGAUGGGCGGUGGCAAUGUCAAGCUGGCAAGCACAAGUCUCAAGAAUACAAAUGGCAAUAACAAAAACCUGUUAAAGAAUGACAACAACGAUGAUAUUGAAUCCAAGGAGGAUGAUGUCUUCUAUGAAAGUAACGCCGGCUUGGAUAAUAAGAAUGCCAACAACGAUGACGAAGAGGAUGAAGACAAUUGCAAACCGUGUCCUGUAGCAAAACCCACAUUCCUUUGUGGCAACGACAAUAGAACGUAUUCAUCGUUAUGCAGAUUGGAUUAUCACAAUUGCAUACAUGCAACAUCCAUAAGGAUUGCCUGCAAAGGAUUCUGUCCGUGCAAGGACAACAUCAAUGAGAAACGUCUACAACGUCUUAAUGAACGACAGAAUGCCUUCAAUGCCAAGUAUAAGAAGACCAUGGAACAACAACAGGAAAAGCAACAACAACAAUACAAAGAGAAUAGCAACAAUAACAUAAUAAGCAGCAGCAACAACAAUGAAUUCAAUACCAUCAUGGAUGAUAAGGAUGAUAAUAAUCGUCAUUACAAUCACAUCAAUUCGCAAUUCACUUUCACGCCAGAAGAGAUCAAAUACGACAACAAACACUACAAAUAUCUCAAGUACACUGCUUACAAAAAGGACAACCAACAAUACCAAGAGGAUAAACAUAAAAUCCGUGGCUACAAUGAAGUAAUUGAGAAACCUCAGAAAUACCAAAAGAACAACAACCUCAACAAUGGAAUUUCCCACUCUUCUUCAUCUCGUUCUUCAGGUUAUCCCUCCAAAUCGCCUGAAUGCAAGCCUCAACAAUUGACCGCCAUUGGCAAUCGCCUGCUCGAUUGGUUCUCUGUCAUUAUGGCCGAUAGCAAGAAACGUCGUCAACAUAGUCAAAAAUCCAAAGCUCACUUCCCUCCCGCCUGCAAGACCGAAGCCAAAUGGAUGUUCGGUCAUUUGGAUUUGAACAACGAUGGCUAUUUGUCGCUUCAGGAAAUGUACGAUCUGGAACAUGAUCAAAACGAGCGAUGCAUUAAGCCGUUCAUCGAUACCUGCGAUUUGGAUCAGGAUAAUUCAAUAAAUACACGCGAAUGGUGUCGUUGCUUCGAGAAAACGGAUCGUCCUUGUGCUGCCGUACGACGAAGAAUCGCUGGCGAUUUUGCAGGUGAGAUAGGAGCAUAUGCACCAGAUUGUGAUGUCCAGGGUUUCUACAAGCCAACCCAAUGCCAUAACUCGGUUGGUGUCUGCUGGUGUGUGGAUAAGCAUGGUGUCGAAUUUGCCAAUACCCGUACACGAGGCAAACCAAAUUGUGAAUCCGUGGUAAAUAAUGCGUCAUCUCUAACGUCCGAUGAUGAAGAUGAAGAGACCGACGAUGAUGACAGUGCGGAAGGUAGUGCCGAUCAAAUUAUGGUAUUUUAAAUUAUGGAUAGAUUCAGCAGCAACAACAAAAAUGUCCAUAACAAAAACAUAAAACAACAAAAGAAUUAUAAUAAUAAUUACCGAACUUAAAAAAUAAUAACAAAAGCUUCAUUCCAUAUAAAAAAGAAAAAUAAGAAAAAAAAAACAAACUACAAAAAAAAAUAGUUAAAAACAACAAAGAAAAACGAGGAAAUUAUUAUUUUUGUGUUUUUCAUUUAAAAGAAAGAACAGAGAAAAGAGAAAAUUUUUAAAAACAAAAACUACAUUUGAAAACAGAACUCAAUUUCAUGCUACAAAAACAAAAUCAUUAAAACAAAAUCAUACCAAAAUAAAACAAAAAAAAAAAAAAUGAAACAAGAAUGGAACAGAAGGAAACCAAGUAGCAAAAGAAAUACAAGGAAACGGGCCAAACGUAGUAACGAAGCCAAUUAAAGCCAGCCGGAAACGAAUAAAGAAGCCGGAAACUUGAAUAUUUUUCAUGUAAUUGGAUUUAACGACAACAGCAAUAACUAAGAAAAGUGAAAUAAUGCAACCAUAUUUAAAUUUAUGCGCCAACAAACAAAACGGAAGUAAAUGACGAAUGAAAAAGAAAAUGACACAAAAAAGUAGCGAAAGAUGACUGCGAACUGCUUUAAUGCUUUCUGUUGUAAAGAAACCGAUUUCUGUUUUGGUUCUCCCCCACUCGUUUCCCCUACAAUGUCUAAUGGUUAAGUUAACUCUCUUGGUUUUGGUUUCGAUUCUAAUAUAAGCUGCGCUCUAAUUAUUGUCAUAUUUAAAUAAGAAAACACGAUUUAAUAAAAACUUAGAGAUUAAUAAUAAAAAUUAAUUUUUUUGGUUUUCAAAA